UGCGCGUUGCGCAAGAUGCGCACUCCGUUUUUAGUUUCGAUAUUUUGAUCUUCUGCAAUGUUUAUAUUUGAGGUUCAUUAAAGACUGGCUAAUUAAAGAUUUUAAUUGUAGUUAUUUUUUAACUGUUAUAAUAUUUCAUGGGGUAAAAAGGUUGCAUAGUUCCUAUUUCUAUUAAUUUUUUCAUUCUUCUUACGUUAUUUAUUUUUUUUUUAAUUUAUAAAAAUCAUGUAAUUAUUUUGCUGGAAUUAUCUAUCUAAAACUUUGGUUAAAGUAAAUUAAUUUCAUCAUGUUGGGUCGAAAGCAAAGUAUGAAAGGUGACGAAGGACUUGCUGAUUAUGGAGCUGGUGAAACUCUAACUCAACUAGGAAUAACAGGAGAUGUUGAUUGGGUAUGGGUGCGACGUUUACUUCGCCUCUGUGCUCUGAUUAGUUUGGUAUCAGUGAGUUUGAAUACUACUCGAACGUUUGAACGUUACGAAUAUUUAUUUUAUGCCACAUUUGUUGCUGAUAUUAUAGUCACAGUUCUUUUUACCAUUGAGAUGAUUGUCAAAAUGUACAUUCGUGGGUUUAUAAUGGGGGAUUUUUCUUAUUUAAAAGAUCGUUGGUGUCAGUUUGAUGCUACAAUGGUUUUCUUUCUAUGGAUAUCCGUUAUUUUACAGAUUUUUGAAAUGGUUCUGGUUGUGCCAAAAUUUUCAUACCUCUCAAUUUUGAGGGCUCCUCGUCCUUUAAUCAUGAUUCGCUUCAUACGAGUUUUUUUGAAAUUUCAGAUGCCAAAAUCAAGAAUCAAUCAAAUAUUCAAGCGCUCAAGUCAACAAAUAUACAAUGUGACAUUAUUUUUCCUCUUCUUCAUGUCAUUAUAUGGCUUAUUAGGUGUUCAAUUUUUCGGAGAAAUGUCAAAUCAUUGUGUUGUUAAUGGCACUGAUCCAGAUAACGUAACUCUUGAUGACCUUGCUAUUCCUGAUACAUAUUGUUCAAAUAUUCCUGAUGCUGGUUAUCGAUGUCCCGAAGGUAUGGUUUGCAUGGAAUUGGAACUCCCCAAAAGUAUUUCAGGUUUUAAUGGAUUUGAUGACUUUGCUCACAGUUUUUUUACUGUGUACCAAGCUGCUUCUCAAGAAGGCUGGGCUUUACUUAUGUAUAAAGCUAUGGAUAGUCUACCAGCAUGGAGAGCCAUUGUUUAUUUUACUACAAUGAUUUUCUUUUUAGCUUGGCUGGUCAAGAAUGUUUUCAUUGCUGUGAUCACUGAAACUUUUAAUGAAAUUCGAGUGCAGUUUCAGCAAAUGUGGGGAGAGAGAGGUGCAAUUCAAACUGUAACAACUGCUCAGUUAUUGAAAGGGGAUGAUUCAGGUUGGAAAUUAAUAACUGUUGAUGAGAAUAAAGGAAGAGGUAAAGCUCCCCAUUGCUUACAAGUUUUCCUUCAAUCUGCUGUCUUCCAAGUUAUUGUCAUGGUGGUCAAUGUAGCUAAUGCAAUAGUUGCUGCCAGUAUUAAGUUUGAACAUGAUGGAAGACCCAGGGAGGAAUUUUACAAACAUUUUUAUUUAGCAGAGGUUGGUUUUACAAUAUUUUUUGAUUUAGAAGUUAUAUUUAAAAUAUGGUGUCUAGGAUUUCAUGGCUACUAUAGAAGAUCCCUUUAUAAAUUUGAAUUGUUGUUAGCUAUAGGAACGACUUUCCACAUAAUCCCUGAUUUAUAUAUGUCUGAGCUCUCUUCAUUUCAGGUAUUACGAAUAGUUAGACUUAUUAAAGCAUCACCUGUUUUAGAAGAUUUUGUUUAUAAAAUCUUCGGCCCUGGAAAAAAACUUGGCAGUUUAAUUAUCUUUACUAUGUGCUUGCUUGUGAUCACUUCAAGCAUUAGUAUGCAGCUAUUUUGUUCUCUGAAUGAUUUCACGAAAUUUGAAGCUUUUCCUGAAGCAUUCAUGUCAAUGUUUCAAAUUCUCACCCAAGAAGGUUGGGGAGAAGUUAUGAAUGAAACCAUGCUCCGUACAAGCAGUAUUGGACCUUUUGUAGCCAUAUAUUUUAUAUUAUACCAUCUAUUUGUGACUCUUAUUGUGCUGAGUCUUUUCGUUGCUGUUAUCUUGGAUAAUCUAGAAUUAGAUGAAGAUAUAAAGAAAGUAAAACAGCUAAAAGCCAGAGAGCAGAGUGCUGGUAUAAAGGAAGGAUUGCCCUUAAGAUUGCUUUUAUUUGAACGUUUUCCUGAUAGCCCCCAAAUGAGUCGCUUAAACAAAGUACCAUCUGAGUUUAUUGUACCGAAAGUAAGAGAAAGCUUUAUGCGUCAGUUUGUUGAUGAUCAGCCUGAAGAAUCUCCAACGAUGAAAAAACUGAGUGAAAAUGAAGAUACUUUAGUUACUUUUCGCAAAACAAAACCUUUAAAAUUAAUGGCAUCUCCCUAUAAAGUCAGAAAUACUACUAAUAUCCUACGUAAAGCUAGUGUGACAAACAUAGUUAUUGAUUCAAAUAAUCAGCGUUUACUUGUUGGUGAUUCUGGACAAAUUCCAGUUCUUGGCAAAGGACCUAAACAAGCCGCUAGUCAAAAAACUAUUCGUUUAGAUCGGAGGAGUAUGCGGCGAUCUAUGAGAGGUUCAAUAAAAAUCAAGCAAACUUAUGAUCACUUGCGUGAAAAUGGGGAAGGUACAGCUAUAAAUCCUACAACUUCAAGAAGUCCUCAUGAUUUUGAUAUAAAAUUGUUACAACAGAAAAGACAGCAAGCUGAAAUGAAAAGAAAUCAAAGGGAAGAAGAUUUAAGAGAAAACCACCCAUAUUUCGAUACUCCUCUCUUUAUGGUUGCCCGUGAAAGUAAAUUUCGUAAACUUUGCCAAACAAUUGUUUGGGCUCGUUAUGACCCUCAAAUCCGGGAUCCUGUAACUGGCAAGGAAAGAAAAAUCAAAUAUAAAACUUUUCAUAAUUUAUUAGGCCUAGUCACUUAUUUAGACUGGUUUAUGAUUUGGAUUACAACGCUGUGUUGCAUUUCGAUGAUGUUCGAGACGCCUCAAAGAAGAGUCAUGAAUACAGCUGUAUUGCAGAUUGCUGAGUAUGUCUUUGUGACAGCUAUGAGCCUGGAAAUUAUUCUUAAAACUUUGGCUGAUGGUUUAUUUUUCACACCAAAAGCAUUAAUUAAAGAUGCCGCUGGAGUUAUGGAUUUCUUUAUUUUUGCUAUCAGUUUAGUAUUUCUGUGUUGGAUGCCGCAAAAAGUUCCAUCCCAAUCUGGAGCCCAAGUUCUAAUGAUUUUGAGGUGUGUACGUCCAUUACGUAUUUUCAGCCUUGUUCCUCAUAUGCGCAAAGUGGUCUAUGAACUUUGUCGUGGUUUCAAAGAAAUUCUUUUGGUAUCUGUCUUGCUUAUUGUUUUGAUGUUUGUCUUUGCUUGUUAUGGUGUUCAUAUGUUUGGCGGGCGACUGACUAGAUGCAAUGACCCUGAUAUAAAAGAACGAGAAAAAUGUGUUGGAGUGUUUAUAAGAAAGAUAUUCAUCACCAAAAUGAAACUACAGCCAGGUGAAAAUAAAUCAUAUCCUGCAAUGCUUGUCCCCAGAGUUUGGGCUAAUCCUCGAAGAUUUAAUUUUGAUAAUAUAGGAAAUGCAAUGCUGGCAUUAUUUGAAGUUCUUUCAUUUAAAGGAUGGUUAGAUAUUCGAGAUGUCUUAUUGCAACGACUUGGAACAGCACAUGCUAUCUACAUACACAUUUUUGUAUUUCUUGGUUGUAUGAUCGGUCUAACACUGUUUGUGGGAGUGGUGAUUGCAAAUUACAGUGAGAACAAGGGUACUGCGUUACUCACUGUUGAUCAGAGACGAUGGUGUGACUUGAAAAAGAGAUUAAAAAUAGCUCAACCUCUUCAUCUGCCACCAAGACCUGACAGAUAUAAAUUCAGAGCUUUUAUAUAUGAUAUUACCCAAAAUAUUUAUUUUAAGCGUUUCAUUGCUGUUUUAGUACUUACAAAUAGCAGUCUUCUGUGUGUUAGUUGGGAAGCGGAUGAACAUCAUACGAUACCUCUAGCCACUGUUUCUGCUGCAUUUACUUUGCUUUUUACAAUAGAAGUAAUUAUGAAAGCAAUAGCAUUUACGCCGAGGGGCUACUGGCAGAGCAGGAGAAAUAGAUAUGACCUUUUCGUGACAGUAGUUGGCGUGAUUUGGGUUGCUACUCAUUUCAUGCUAAUGAAUAAUACGAGCAAUUCAAUUGGUUAUACAGUUGUCAUCCUGCGAUUUUUUACAAUUACUGGAAAGCAUGCCACUCUGAAGAUGCUAAUGCUCACCGUUGUGGUAUCUGUGUAUAAAAGUUUCUUCAUUAUCAUGGGAAUGUUUCUAUUAAUUUUAUUUUACGCAUUGACGGGAGUUCUACUGUUUGGUACUGUUAAAUUUGGAGAAAAUAUUGGAAGGCAAGCAAAUUUUCAAACUGUUCCUAGUGGAAUAGCUAUGUUGUUUCGAAUUGUAACUGGUGAAGAUUGGAAUAAGAUUAUGCAUGAUUGCAUGUUAAGUCCUCCAUAUUGUACUCUUGGUGAAAAUUACUGGGAAACUGACUGUGGAAACUUCACUGGAAGCCUCAUUUAUUUUUGUUCAUUUUAUGUAAUAAUAACAUAUAUCGUUCUAAAUCUUUUAGUUGCUAUUAUUAUGGAGAAUUUUUCAUUAUUUUAUUCAAAUGAAGAAGAUGCUCUUCUUAGCUAUGCCGAUAUCCGCAAUUUUCAAAACACUUGGAAUAUGGUUGAUACUCAACAAAGAGGUCUUAUUCCAGUUAAAAGAGUAAAAUUUCUGCUUCAAUUGCUCAAGGUAAACCUUAAGGGAAGACUGGAAGUUGAGCCUGACAGAGAUCGCCUUCUCUUCAAACACAUGUGUUAUGAAAUGGAAAGAAUUCAUAAUGGAGAUGAUGUCACUUUUCAUGAUGUCUUAAACAUGCUGUCCUAUCGAUCAGUAGAUAUCAGAAAAGCAUUGCAGCUUGAAGAACUUUUAGCAAGGGAAGAACUUGAAUACCUUAUUGAGGAAGAAGUAGCCAAGCAAACAAUACGCCAGUGGUUAGAUAAGUGUCUCCGUCGAAUCAAGGCUCAAAAGCAACAAAACAGUUUAAUCAAUAGUUUGAGGGCUACAACUGAAGCAUUGCUUGCGGGCACAGAAAUUCUUCCUAACAAGCCUGUUGCCUCAGAAACUAAAGACGAAAGCAAAGAAGAAGCAUCGGCUGCUUCUGCGAGGCAUCGUAAAAAGGGCCAGCUGCCCGGAAGAUCGGACAGCAUUUCCUCCCAGAGUGGGAGAAAAUUUUUGGCCCCUUCCCUUUCUGAUGGAGCUGCACGGGCUGAAAAGGAUAGGUUUCCAACAAAAAAAUGGAAUGCAAGGCAACCAGGAUCCAAAAAUCUUCCAGACUUGAGUGAAAGCAGUGAACUGUCUUCCCCUACUCCCGAAGAAGAUGAAGGGGGUGCCCAACCCAUAACUCAAAAAAUGAUCACUGUAGUCGUAGAUGUCCAGUCAUGGUGGACUUCACAGCUCGGCUACAAUAGUGGUUCCGAUUCUGAAGACUAAGUGUUAUGAAUUUUGGUGUUCUCCCAUAAUAUGUGAAAUUUUGGGUGUAAUAAAAAUUGUAUGUUGUGUA